CAGAAGCCCCACCUGCUUCCCCUACAUCUUGCCGUUCAGCCGUUUAGUGACCGCUGCCCGUAUCCGGAAGGGGAGGCCCGGAAGUUGGGCCCACGAGUGAACGACAGUUCCUCUCCCCGAGCUGCUCGGGGCAUGUGCAGAGUCCCGCUGCCCUAGUCUACCUCGCCUCGGCGUCCCUUUUACCUCAGCCCCCGCGGAGGCCCCCCUCCGGACCAGCAGCAAGAGCUCCUGAGGAGGCCGCCCGUCGCCCCCGCGAUGCUGUCGCAAGUGUUCGUACUCUCCUCCAAGGGUGACCGCCUCCUCUAUAAGGAUUUCCGUGGCGAUGGGGGCUGCGAACUGGUGGACACCUUCAGCCAGAAGAUCGCUGCACUGCCUGGGGGCCAGGCGCCCGUUUUCAUGCAGGCACACAAAGGGCUGCACUUUGUCCACGUGCGACACGCCGGUCUCUACUUUGUGGCAACAGUUUUACCAAGCACUUCUCCCUUCACAGCCAUCGAGUUCCUCAACAGGCUGGUGACUCUGUUGCGAGAUUACUGCGGCUCCCUGAACGAGAAGACGGUCAGCCUGAACUUUGCUCUCAUCUAUGAAAUGCUGGAAGAGCUACUGGUAGGCUGCAGCGGGGAUUACGGCUACAUCCAGACGACAGCAGCUGACAUGCUGAAGAAUUUUAUCCAGAUGGAGCCUGUGCUCAGCCAACACUUCAGCCUUCUUGACCUCAGUACUGUGGGUCUGUUUGGAGCAGAUACACAGCAGAGCAAAGUGGUCCCCAGUUGUGCAGCUGCCCGUCCUGUCCUGUCCUUGCGGGGGGAACAGAGCUCACGGCCUGAGGUUUUCCUGGAUGUGGUAGAGCGUCUCACAGUCAUCAUUGCAGCUAAUGGAACCCCAAUGAAAACUGACAUCCAAGGGGAAAUUCGCCUCAAGAGUUUCUUUCCUGGCUGCUCUGAGAUGCGGAUUGGCCUCACUGAGGAGUUCUGUGUGGGCAAGACAGAGCUACGAGGCUAUGGCACUGCAGUGCGAGUGGACGAAUGUUCCUUCCACAGCUCCGUCAAGUUGGAUGAAUUUGAGCGCAGUCGCAUCCUCCGGGUGAACCCCAGCCAAGGGGAGCUGACCCUGAUGCAGUACCAGCUGGCUGACGACAUCCCUGCGGCCCUGCCCUUCCACCUCUUCCCCACUAUCAGUCACGACCCCUGUGGCCGGAUGCAAGUUUACCUGAAGCUUCGCUGUGACUUGUCACCAAAAAGCCACGCAGUGAACGUCCACCUCCACCUCCCUGUGCCCAAGGCUACUCUCAGCUUCUCCCAGGAGCUGAGCAGUCCUGAACAGGCAGCCACCUUGCAGCCCACCACCAAGUCCAUUGUGUGGGUCAUUCCGCGAAUCCAAGGUGGCUCCCAGCUCUCUGCCCUCUUUAAGGGUUUCCUGUUAUGUUGUACCUAUGAUUUCCUUAAUGGCGUCCAAUGCUGCGCAGUGCACAAGCAGAAGAUAUGCAUAAAGUCAGCUUUAAUUCCAUUUAUUAUAACUUUGUAUUUUCUUAAUUUAUAAAGAGCAAGGUGCCACUGCUAAUACACAGUUUUGAAAAAAAAUCUUUAAGGCUGACAUUUAUUAGCCCCGAUGGUACCGUGUUAAAGAGCCAGAACCAUUCUUCAUGUGUUAUGGCAAGUUGUUUUUUUUAAUACUGGUAAAGUAUCAGAAGAUGUAAACAGUAUAUAGUUAAUUAUUAUUAUUAAAUCUCUGUUGCCAGAAUUAGCCAGCGAUGCUGCAGAAACACUCCAGCAGCAGAGACACGCUGGUGGAACAGCUAAUACUGGUCAGGGCUGUGGGUGGGACUUGACAGCAUAGAGAAGAAGCAUGCCUGUGCUGUAUCCGAUUCUCUUUCAGACCAUAACCACCAUUGUCUGGGGCAGCUGGAGCCUCUUUGGAUGCCAGAUGCUGCGAAAUCACAAGUGGGGCAAGUGCUGUUGCACUCAGGUUCUGCUUGUGGGUUUCCCAAAGACACGCAACUGGCUAGAUGGGCCCUCUUUGGCCUGAUCCAGCAGGCUUUUCUAAUGGACAUGCCCUCCUAGGCAAUGGGAAGCUAAUCUGUGGCCCUUCAAGACUGGCCAUGCUGGCUAAGGCUGGUGGGAGGUAGAGCCCAAAAACAUCUAGAGGGCCACAGAUUAGGCAACCCAACCCCAGCAUCAGGUCUGGCCCAAUGAACACCACGCUGGAAAGACUCCUGCCUCUGUGCCAAUACACAGAUAGUCUGGUGUGCUAAAAUGAAAUGUUGGACAGGAUGCGAUCCUAGGAUGUUGCAUAGAGAACACUUGAUGAGCCCAGCACAAUUGCAAGGUUGGAUCUUCAUGGGGGAAGGGGAGGUUAGUGUGUUCAGACUGAGAGGGGGAGGACAGAGUUCAUAUCCCCCACCAGCCAUGAAACUGGUUGGAUGGCGUUAUAGCUACCUCACAGGGUCUUUGUAAGGAUAAAAUGUAAUGGGAGAACCAUUGAUUGAUUGAUCUGGCAAGAUUCAUAACUGUCAACAAAACCUCUUUAAGUGGCUUACACAAAACAGUAUAUUAAAAAUAUAGAUAGAACACAAAUUGUCAAAAUAUAAUCAGUUUUAAAACAAAUAUACAUAAUACAGUUACAAGUCUGGGUAGGCUUGCCUAAAAUAGUACAGUGAAGGUGCCUGCCUAAUAUCAAUGGGCAGGGAAUUCCAAAGUGCCCAUGCUGCCACGCUGAAGGGUCCUUUCCUUGCAAGUGUAGAAUGAACAUGUGGCACCUGGAAGUUUCCAGUUCUGCACAAAUGGGGUAAGGCGAUCCUUCAGCUAAACUGGCCUCAAGCUAUUGAGAGUUUUAUAUACCAACACUACACUGAGCUUGGCCCAGUAACAAAUUGGCAGUCAUAGAAUCAGAGAGUUGGAAGGGGCCUCUAAGGCCAUAGAGUCCAACCCCCUGCUCAAUGCGGGAAUCCCACUCAAAGCAUCCCUGACGGGUGGCUGUCCAGUUGCCUCUUGAAUGCCUUCAGUGUUGAGAGCCCACCACCUCCCUAGAUCAUUAGUUCCGUUGUCAUACUGCUCUAGCAGUUAGGAAGUCACUGCAGAUCUCUGAACAUUGAGCAGAGGUGUGCUUCACCAUUCCGCUGCACUAACUGCAGUUUCCAGACUGAGAGCAAGGGGAGUGCAGAGAGCAUUGCAACAACCUAACUAGGUCACCAGGCAAAACUUCAUGGCCUUCCCUGCAAGUAUGCAAAGGGUGUCGUUUGCCUAACAGAAGAGCACAAAAUCCAGCUUUUCUUGGUUCAGAAUUCUGACUUGUUCCUCACAGCGUAGGAUGCCCUUCAGCUGUCCAUUGUGCAGCAUCCACCAAACGUUACUGGCCUGGCCUAGCCAUCCUUACCGAUCCAGCCGCCUGCUCGGGCCGCCACUGUCCUCCUGUUGCUGCUCCUGGCGGCUAUGAAGGGCUUCACGAGGCUGCUGAGCUGCCAGCUGUGGUUGACUACCAAGAGCAGGAAAGAACAGUGCAUAAAGCCCCGCAGUGGGACAAGGCAAUGAGUCUCCUGCCCACUCACACUAAUCGCAUCUCACCUCUCCAUGAACUCCGAUUCAGAGCCUGAAUCCAGCAGGAGUGCAGUCAAAUGGGGCUUCCCCCUCAGCAGGGGGGUCUGUAAAUGGCUGCUGGGAGUGAGGCUGGCAUUGCUGCCCUCCUCAGAGGACUCUGAGAAGGCAGACCAAACAUUGUGGUUUCCACCGCCACCUGUAAUAGCACCACCACCACUUCGCAUGCGGGGGCCCAGUAUUUCCUGCUAGCAGCAAGCCCCAUUCACCACCCCAUUGCCCUGCCACCCUCAGUUCUGCUGGUGCUGCUCCUCCCACCAUCCACGUGCCACCUCCUCUUGGCAGCUGAUCCAGGUCUUCGCUUGGCAGAUGAAUCCAGCUGGGGAGCUGCAUCCUGCUGGGGGCUCAGGGAGCACUGAUACACCAGCAAUGAGGCCCAACACGGCUCCUCUCUGUGCCUGGAGGAAAGGUGAGCCUGGCAAGUCGUCUUCAGAUAGGACAAGCUGCGAGGGAGGGAAUGCAUUACAUCAAAAAGCCGAGAAAGGGGGGGCAAAAGGGCCUCCCAACCACCACACACACACCCGCUCCUUCCUACUGAGUCACUCACAACAAGGCUUUGUCAGGACGCAGCAGCCGUGGGGAAAAUUCACUCACCAGCUCCCAGAAGGGCAAGUUGACAAGGCCCAAUUUGGAGCCGGGGGAUGCUGACUCCUGGAAGGCAAACUUUAUUCCAUCCCAGGGAUAGAGAAAAGAAGGGGUGUGUGGCAAGGGGAGUGUUCCCUAGUGGCCUAUGAACUGCCCGUCCAUCUCAUCUGGAACUGGGCAAGGACUGUAGUUCAGUGGGAGAACAUCCGCUUUGCACACAGGUCCCAGGCCUCUCUUGGAAAGGCUGGGAAAGACUCCCUCUGCCUGAAACCCUGCAGAGAUGCUGCCAGUCAGUGCUGAGCUACAUGGACAUAUGGCCCAUCCUGGUUUCAGGCAGCUUCCUACAUUCCUCACCAUUUCAUUGGGUUAACUGGCCUCCUCCCAAGAGGCAUUUCCUCCCCAGGUCCUGCCCUUCUCCCACUGCCUUCCACCCACAUACAUUACAGGAGAAGCAGUGCCCUCACUUGUGCAGGGCAAUGAGGGCUGGGCGGUUCUGCAGCUGGUGCAGCCCAAACAGCAGAGA